AUGUGUGUGCAUGCUUGCUUUUUGAAUCUGUUAUCUCUCAAAACCACCCAUUAUCGGUCUUUUACAUGCAGAUUUGCCUCCUCGGCGGGUAAACAACCAGUAAACACAUUCCAGCAUCCCGGGCGGUGCUUGUGCACAACAACCACUUGGACCGCAGUUAUGCAAACACAACGAAAGGAGAGGGAAGGAGCAACGUCUCCUGGCCCCGUGUUCAUGUCCACCCACCAGAUGACCGACUAUCUGCAGGAUCUCCGCAACAACCGUCCCGCCCGGCCUACUGGCUCUCGGCCUCCUCCUGCACAUUUCAACACUUGGUCCAACCGAACAUCCUCAGCUGCUCGAUUCUCUGGCCCUCAAUCGUCUUCCCAACCGCCCGAAUUUGCAGCCAAGCCCACCAUCAGUGAUGCUAGUGCCACCCUGCCAACUCAUAAACGAUCAACAUCUGAGAUGAGCAUAGACAACUUUGGAUCUAGUGCUGGCCGUCCUCUUGUUCAACCACCACGCGGUCGAGACAUGACCGUCUCCUCAACAUCCCGGGAUCGCACACCCAGUCUUCAGUACAGAGAGAGCGGCCGGCGCCAAAGCGAGCGCUUCGAAGCACGUGCUGUAAGAUUGGCGAUGGAACAGAUGGAUCUCAAAUCGGAACAGAACUUGUACGAAGCUGCGAGAGAUGAAGCCGCCGAGUUGGUCUGGAAGCACAUGUCCCCAGAUGCGCCUACGCCAAAUCCAAGUGCACCCUACCCUUACCCUGAGAAGAAGGGGGUUUCCGACAGGAGUCGUAGCUUGGGUCGUGGAGAGCAAGACCUCCAGCGUACAAACUCUAAGAUCAGAAAGCGUCAUUCAAUAGGAAGCUCGGCUGGAAGUAGAAGCAGCAGUCUACAGAGCCACCGCUCUACGAGUGCAUCCUCUGUAACCGCCAAUGCAGCCUUCAACCAAUCACCCGUGAAAACGACUUUCGACGAAAAGGAUAAGGAGUUAUCGAUGACUACAUCAACCAAAACAUCUCAUCAACAACGACGUCAGAAUAGCGGCUCUCGAAGGAAGGUCAGCGCAAGCUUGUUCAAAAACCCAGAAGAUCAAAUAUAUGAAGAACCUGAGGAGGAGCAGACGAAGCCUGCAUCUCUGCCCGCUCCCCUUCCUUCAAACCCAUCAUCAGCUAAAUUACCAAUGGGAAUGCGACGGAAUCCUUUUGCACGCGUACAGUUCUCUAGGGAGAACAAUCUUGCCAGAUCCAACACAGACCCGAUCACGACUACCAAGAAAUUUGAUCGCUAUGAGAUUCAGAACAAUCCUCCUUCUCAAUCCCGUAACGCUGCAUAUACGAAGAACUCAAAUCCGUCCACGGUUGGUGAGGACAGCAAAGUAGAUACAGAGAAUGCCGAGAUCAAACUGAAAGAAGGCAAGGAAGUCCGCAGCGAUGAGCUUCGCGCCGCGACGGGCUUCAAACUCAAGGAUAGGAGUGCGAAGCUUCCCACUCCUACGAUGGUUUCUGAUAGUCCGGGACGUCCUAUUGUCUCCUUCAAACAAGAUUGGAAGCCAAAGGAGAUAGAGAUGAAAGAGGAAAUUUCCACGCUCCCCGGAGCUGCAGCUACUCCACGCCCCAUCAAAAUUGCGGCCCAGGGUCCGCGUCCGCUGUCUAAAGCCUCGACAGCCCCGGUGGUCCCCACAGUGGCUCCGCUGGAAGAAGCACCAAAAAUGGGGAACGCAGUCCCAUGUUCAACAACCAAGGAUAAGAGCUCUGGAAUACUUCCUCCUACGACCGGAGUUAAACGUGCUCAAGUUCCUAUAAUAAAUAUCUAUGAGGACCCUCCAGCGAGACCGCUCCCUGGUACCGGCCCAAGGAAAACCCCUUCAACGCAUUCUAAACCUUCUGCAACGCCUCCCAUCCCCGCAAUCUCUGUGCAUGAAGCGGUGCCCGUCACAAGCAAUGCCCCCGGCAGACGGUCCGGCGUGAAAACACCUUCCGUGUCCGUGACGCCAAACAUACCAACUAUCUCUGUGAGCGAACUUACGUCUCCUGCACCAGAGAUCUCUGUCACACCGGCUGUUCCCGAGAUUUCCGUGAAUGCUUCACCUGUACCGGAUCGCCGCCAAAAGACGAACGCACCAUCCAUAACUGUCAGCCCAUCAAAACCGACAAUCAAUGUCAAUAGCACGCCAGGCUCGACGCGCCCUCUCCCCGACCCUAGGAUGGCCAAAAAGACAUUUGCUGCACGUAACAAUUCCACUGUCAGUUCACGAUCUCAUUGGACACCUACUAGUGUACGCACAGGCGUGCUUUGCGAACAAUGUGUUCUCCCUAUUGCUGGCCGCAUUGUAUCCGCAGGCGGCUCACGCUUCCAUCCCGAGUGUUUUGUCUGCCACCACUGCGGUGAGCACCUCGAGUGUGUAGCGUUCUACCCUGAACCUGAUUCGAGCCGCGCCGGUCGCGUAGCACGAAUUCGAGCACGUGAGAAUGGCGAUGAUAUUGAAUUUUUGCCUUCACAUCCCACUUUGGAAGACAUGCAUCGUCUAGAAGCUGAAGAUGCGCAUGAUGAGUCUUUACGUUUCUAUUGUCAUCUGGAUUUUCAUGAGCUAUUUUCCCCCCGGUGCAAAAGCUGCAAAACACCCAUUGAAGGGGAAGUUGUGGUGGCUUGCGGUGCAGAAUGGCAUCCCGGACAUUUCUUCUGCGCGCAGUGCGGCGAUCCCUUCGACGCCAGUACUCCUUUCGUCGAGAAGGAAGGUUACGCAUGGUGCGUGGGAUGCCACACUAAUCGGUACAGCACCAAGUGUCGCAAAUGCAAAAGACCAGUGACGGAGACGGUGGUCAAAGCGCUCGGUUUUGAGUGGCAUGUGGGAUGCUUCUGCUGUGUAGAGUGUUCUGGUCCGUUCGACGAUGGUAGAUACUUUCUUCGCGGUGAAUCGCAAGAUCCCGUCUGUGUGAAAUGUGAGAACAGGAGGCUGAAGGCGUAA